GGCCUACUUAAUUGGACAAGCACUUUACUUAAUCAGAAGGAAAUAUAGAACCAGCGUCGUCAUGGAAAAGUCAAGCUCUCCUCAACCAGGCCAAUCUUUGGCAUCAUCAAUCUCCAAUUCAGGACCAAUCUCCAUUCUUGCAUACUGUUUAUCAUCCAUCUUGAUGACAGUCACCAAUAAAUACGUCUUGUCUGGAUUCAGUUUCAACUUGAACUUCUUCCUUUUGGCCGUGCAAUCCAUCGUUUGUAUCGUCACCAUUGGAUCUUUAAAAUCAGUCGGUAUCAUCACUUAUAGACAAUUCAACAAGGACGAAGCUAAGAAAUGGUCUCCAAUUGCCUUUUUGUUGGUUGCCAUGAUUUACACCGGUUCCAAGGCUAUUCAAUACUUAAGUAUUCCUGUAUAUACCAUUUUCAAGAACUUGACUAUUAUCUUGAUUGCUUACGGUGAAGUUUUGUGGUUUGGUGGUAAGGUUACCAGCAUGGCCUUGAGUUCCUUCUUACUUAUGGUUUUCUCCUCCAUGAUUGCUUACUACGGUGACAACGCUGCAGUUAGAAGUCAAGACGAUGAAUUCACUUUAUACCUCGGAUACUUCUGGAUGCUUGUCAACUGUUUUGCUUCCGCAUCCUUUGUUUUAAUUAUGAGAAAGAGAAUCAAGUUGACCAACUUCAAGGAUUUCGAUACCAUGUACUACAACAACUUAUUGGCUAUUCCAAUUUUGUUGAUCUCCUCAUUAGUUUUCGAAGAUUGGUCCUCUGAAAACAUCGCCGUCAACUUCCCAAGUGACAACAGAGUUACUACUAUUUCCGCCAUGAUUCUUUCUGGUGUUUCCUCCGUUGGUAUCUCAUAUUGUUCCGCCUGGUGUGUUAGAGUUACUUCCUCAACCACCUAUUCUAUGGUGGGUGCAUUGAACAAGUUGCCAAUUGCCUUGACUGGUUUGAUCUUCUUUGAUGCCGUUGUCAAUUUCUGGUCCGUCAGUUCCAUCUUUGUUGGAUUCAUUGCCGGUUUAGUUUACGCUAUUGCCAAGCAAAAGCAACAAAGAGAACAACAAUCUUUACCAGGUAAAUAGAGAGUUGACUUAGAAUAUUUUGAUAGAAUAGUUUUUGUAUAUUAUUUACACAAUACAAUAGAAAUUUAAAACUAG